GGCCGGCGCGGCCGGCGCUGAGCGCCGGGAGGCAGCGCCCGGCGGCGCCCGGCUGCCGCGAUGAGCGGCGGGGAGGUGGUGUGCUCGGGCUGGCUCCGAAAGUCACCGCCGGAGAAGAAGUUACGGAGAUACGCAUGGAAGAAACGCUGGUUCGUCCUGCGCAGCGGUCGGAUGAGUGGAGACCCCGAUGUCCUGGAGUACUACAAAAAUGACCACUCCAAGAAGCCACUGCGUGUCAUCAACCUCAAUUUCUGUGAGCAAGUGGACGCGGGCCUCACCUUCAACAAGAAGGAGCUGCAAGACAGCUACAUCUUCGACAUCAAGACGAGUGACAGGACCUUCUACCUGGUGGCUGAGACAGAGGACGACAUGAACAAAUGGGUUCGCAGCAUCUGCCAGAUCUGUGGCUUCAACCAGUCCGAGGAGAACACAGACACCCUGAGGAGCAUUGCCUCCAUGAACCACGCCCCACGCUCGUCCCCAGCAGAGCUCAGCAGUGCCAGCCACCACCUGCUGCGAGAGCGCAAGUCCUCAGCGCCGUCCCACUCCAGCCAGCCCACCCUGUUCACCUUCGACUCGCCUGCCAGCCACCUCCAGAGCACCCUGUCUGCCAGUGCCCCCCAGGACUACCUUUUUCUCCACCAGUGUAUGAGCAGAAAGUCAGAAAAUGCAAGGAGUGCCAGCUUCUCCCAAGCCACAAGGUCUGCCUUCUUCAUGCGGAGUGACACGGCGGUCCAGAAGCUCUCGCAGGGCAAUGGGCACUGCAUGAACGGUGUUGGUGGGCAGCUCCACGGCUUCUACAGCCUGCCAAAACCCAGCCGGCACAACUCGGAGUUCAGGGACAGUGCCUACGACCUCCCGCGCUCCUUUGGUUCCUACACCCACCCCAAGUCGAGCCUCACCAGCUCCGAAACUGAUAAUGAGGAGGUCUACACCUACAAGACUCCCAACAACACCCUAUGCAAGGAGUUUGGGGAGCUCUCCACGGACUCCUAUGACAUCCCUGCCACCCCACUCUCCAUCUACCAGAUCCCCAGGACAUUUACACUGGACAAGAACCACAACGCUCUGGCUGUGGCUGCCAGCGACUCACCUGCUGCACCACCCCCACGGCCCCCAAAACCCGGGCAGACAGAGCCACGGUGGGGCAGUCCACCCCAGCGGCCCCAGCCUGGUGAAAAUUUAGGUCUCACCCCCAUGGCAGCCACCAUUCCCCGGAGAAACACACUGCCAGCAGUGGAGAACAGCAGACUGCACCGAGCUUCUUCUUGUGAGACGUACGAGUACCCCCAGCACGGGGGCGGCAGCGCUGUGCAGUCAGUGGAGUCCAUGAACGAUGGCUACAGCUCCUACCUGCAGGCCAAGGCAGCGGUGGCCCGCUCGCACAGCACCGACUCCGAGGACAACUACGUCCCCAUGAACCCUGGUUCCUCUCCCCUCAUCCACGCUGAGAAAGCCAACGACAAUGCCCAAAAUCUCUACAUCCCCAUGAGCCCUGGGCCGCAUCACUUUGACCUGGUGGGGCUGUCCUCAGCCACCCUUCCCGUGCACAAGGGAGGAGCCGUGGCUCAGUGCCACCGACGGCUGAGUGAAAUCCAGCCCCCACCAGUCAACCGCAACCUCAAACCCGACCGGAAAGCAAAGCCAUCACCGCUGGACCUGAGGAACAACACUGUCAUCGAUGAGCUUCCCUUCAAAUCGCCAGUCACAAAAUCCUGGUCCAGGCCAACGCAGUCCUUCAACGCUGGCUCUCUGCAGUACUGUCGCCCUGUCUCCUCCCAGAGCAUCACCAGCACUGACUCAGGAGACAGCGAGGAGAACUAUGUGGCCAUGCAAAACCCCAUUUCUGCUUCUCCUGUUCCUAGUGGUACCAACAGCCCAGCGCCUAAAAAGAGUUCGGGGAGUGUGGAUUACCUGGCCCUGGACUUCCAGCCAAGCUCACCAGGGCCACACAGGAAGCCCUCCACCUCGUCAGUCGCCUCAGAUGAGAAGGUUGAUUACGUGCAAGUGGACAAGGAGAAGACGCAGGCGCUGCAGAGCACCAUGCAGGAGUGGACUGAUGUGCGGCAGUCCUCGGAGCCUGCCAAGAGCACGAAGCAGUAGUGCCGGCGGCAGGCAGCCAGACAGGCAAAUGUCCUGUGGGUUUCCCCCAGCUGCAGCCCCGCUGGGCAGCCAGAUCCACUUGGGGUGGAUUUCUAAGACUUGUUUGUGGAGGCGAGGGGGUGUCAUUGUUUUUUUUCUCUUAAAACAAAACUUAAUUUCAGGGGAAGAUUUGGCGGAUACUGUUUGCCAGUGAUAAAGACCAACUAUGUUCGGUGGCUAGGUUUGUGCUUUAGCUGCUGGAUGCAUUAUCCAGGAACUUUGACUUAGCAAUACCAGGUUUCACCCUACACAUCUUUUCCUUACAGCUAUUAAAGCCACCUUGUAUGUG